GACUCUGCUGGCAUUAGGCUGCCAUGUGGUCCAGGUAAAAGUCAACGCUGAAGACGAGCUGAAGAAACUCAAGCUCCCUAAGAAUUAUAUGAUGUCGAACGGCUAUAAGCCCUCCCCGCUGGAUCUGUCGGAGGUGAAACUGAGUGCCGGUCAGGAGCUGCUGGUGGAGAAGCUGGCUGAAAACGCACACAACGUCUGGGCCAAGGAUCGCAUCAAACAGGGCUGGACCUACGGCAUACAGCAGGACGUGAAGAGCAAGCGUAAUCCUCGUCUGGUGCCGUAUGCUCUCCUGGACGAGCGCACCAAGAAGUCUAACCGUGACAGUCUCCGCGAGGCCAUCCGCACACUCAUCGGCUACGGCUACAACGUGGAGCCACCCUGAUCAGGACGCAGGUCAUGUGGUGGAGCGUUUGAGUAUCGAUAAGAUCCGCUUCUUCCGCGUGGAGCGAACGUACGCUGUGAAGACGGGGAAGUGGUACUUUGAGUUUGAGGUGGUGACGGGUGGAGACAUGCGCGUGGGCUGGGCACGACCCGCCUGUAAACCAGAUGUGGAACUGGGCACGGAUGACCAGGCCUAUGUGUUUGAUGGACACCGGGGUCACCGUCUCCACAUGGGCAGUCGUCUGUUUGGCCGCUGCUGGCACUCGGGGGACGUUGUUGGCUGUUUGAUCAACAUGGAGGACAAAUCCAUGAUCUUCACUCUGAACGGAGAAAUCCUGAUCACCAACAAGGGCUCGGAGCUGUGCUUCGCUGACUUCGACAUCGAUGACGGUUUCAUCCCGGUCUGCAGUUUGGGUCUGUCUCAGGUGGGCCGCAUGAAUCUGGGUAGGGACGCCAGCACCUUUAAGUUCUACACCAUGUGUGGCCUGCAGGAGGGCUUCAAACCCUUCGCCGUCAACAUGAACCGAGAGGUGACCAUGUGGUUCAGCAAACGCCUGCCCACAUUCUGCAACGUGCCCCGAGACCACCGGCACAUCGCGGUGACCCGGAUUGAUGGGACGGUGGACAGUCCGCCGUGUCUGAAGGUCAGCCACAAGACGUUCGGGACACAGAACAGUAACGCAGACAUGGUGUUCUGCAGACUCAGCAUGCCGGUGGAGUUUCACUCCUGCUUCAAGAGCAGCGCCAACACACACACACACACUCACCUCAACGGCCUGCAGGACGAGGACACACUCAGACUCAAACACAGGUACCCGGUGAAGUCCACCAAACACUCUGACGAAGGGAGAAGAACCGACUACAGUAACAUCACUACUUACUAUCACUCGGUGCGGGUCUUUGCGGGUCAGGACCCGUCCGGUGUAUGGGUCGGCUGGGUCACUCCUGACUACCAUUACUAUAGCAACAACUUCAGCCUGAGCAAGAGCCGCACCGUGACCGUCACCCUGGGGGACGAGCGGGGCCGUGUGCAUGAGAGUGUAAAGAGGAGUAACUGCUACAUGGUGUGGGCUGGAGAUGUGAGCAGCACCACACACUCCUCCAGCCGCAGUAAUGCUGAUCUGGAGAUCGGCUGUCUGAUCGAUCUGGCCACAGGUCUGCUGGCCUUCACACUCAACGGCAGAGAAACACACACUUCAUAUCAGGUGGAGCCCAGCACUAAACUGUUUCCUGCAGUGUUUGUUCGGCCUACGAGCUCCAGUCUGUUCCAGUUUGAGCUGACCAAAGUCAAGAACGCCAUGCCCAUUUCCUCCGCCAUCUUCAAGAGUGAGCUUCGGAACCCGGUGCCGCAGUGUCCACCUCGGCUGGACGUGCAGACGCUGAGCUCUGUGCUGUGGAGCCGCAUGCCGAACCGCUUCCUGCGCGUGGAGACGAGCCGCGCCGCAGACACACACGGCUGGAGGAUACAGUGCAUGGAGCCGCUGCAGAUGCUGGCCGUACACAUCCCUGAGGAGAACCGGUGUGUGGACAUCAUGGAGCUGUCAGAGCAGGAGGAUCUGCGCACCUUCCACUACCACACGCUACAGCUGUACUGCGCCCUGUGUGCGCAUGGGAACACACGUGUAGCCCACGCCCUCUGCAGCCAUCUGGACCAAUCACAGCUGCUCUAUAGCAUCCACAGCCAGUACCUGCCGGGUGUCCUGCGCAAGGGUUUCUACAGCGCCCUUAUCAGUAUACACCUGGAGACGUCCCGCGCCGCUCGCAUCAUGAUGAAUAACGAAUUUAUAAUCCCGGUGACAGCAGAAACACGCUCUAUUCGUCUGUUCCCGGACUCCUCUAAACGCCACCAGCCGCCUGGGGUCUGUCUCAGCACAUCCCUAAAACCACGCCUGACCUCCAGCGCGCCCUGCGUCCUAAGCGCCCGCCGCCCACAGCACCUGCACAGCCCUGAGAUCCCGCUGGACGUCCUGAAGGAGAAGGCCAUCAGUAUGCUUAGCGAGGCAGUGCAGACUGGAGGAGACCACAUUCGGGAUCCUGUGGGGGGCAGCGUGGAGCAUCAGUUCGUGCCCAUCCUGAGGCUGAUCGGGACGCUGCUGUCUAUGGGAGUGCUGGGCAGUGUGGACGUGCAGCAGAUCCUGAUGUUGAUCGAGCCGGGGGUAUUUUCAGAGCGGGGCGGGGGUGCGGUGAAGGAGGGAGUGACCGGGGCGGAGGAG